GUGACACGCGGUGACAGUCGGCAGCAGGUUGUGUGGCUCACAGCGGCUAGCAUCACACUUCACCCGUGAAACCGUCAACGAUAGCUAACGCCGAGUUAACAGCAAAGCUGCGGGUGAAUGUGUGCUCCACAUGGCCCCAGAGACCCACAGCUAAAAGGAUAAAACGCUAUUUUCGAGUACGACGAGGAUGUCUGUCCCGGUAGGAGAGGGAUGAAGAUGACACCACUGUUAUGGCGAGUUGUGUCAGUGUGGCUGUGUGUAACUGUAGUCUGUUGGUACCCUAGUUGCUAUGUUGGUUGCACAGAGUCGCACCAAGAGGCCCAGAGGCCAGUGUCCUCACAGGACAUCGGUUCGGAGGAAGAGUCCCAGGAAAAGAUUCAUUCCCACAAGGUUGAGGAAAGCUUGGUUUCACAUGCCCAGUCCCUAUCUGAAAACGAGCAGUUGAUAGAAGAUGCUCUGCAAAAAGAAGAGCAUACAACACAAGAGGUGGAUAAAAAACAAUAUUCAGAGGCCUUUGAAGUAGAGGAGCCCGCUGUAGAGGUAGAGUUGGAGGCACACAAAGGAAUUUCACAAUCUGAGCCAGAACCUGAGCACAGCUCAGAAAAUCAACAUCCAGAAACCUUCACCACUCAAUACCAAGACUCAGCCUCGCUGCUACCUUCCCCUGACCCUGUCUCUGGUUUUGCUGCUGAGCUUAAAGACAACCCCAACAUCCUUAACAAUCAAGAACACAUCCCAAAUAGUGUUUCAGAUGAUGCAUCUGACGUAGCUGCACCUGAGGUCAUUGAUUCUGACCUCCCUCCAGCUGACUGUGAAGAAGAAGAGAACAACCCGUAUGACAAUGAUAGCAGUCCUCCAGUAGUUCUGGAGAACACUUCAAAUGUUCACAUGGCAGGUACUAAAACCCACACUGACCCCUCUUUGAGUUCUCCGGCCGCUCACAGCACACAGCAUCUGGAGGUCAACGCAUCACACACGCUGAAAGAGCCAGUCCAGGGCUCCCCUGUUACCACAGACACAGAUUCCAGCGUAGGCAGCAAAGACCCCGAGGACAUCCCCACUUUUGAUGAGUGGAAGCGGAAGGUGAUGGAGGUGGAGAAAGAAAAGACUCAGUCUACUCAUACUUCUAACAAUGGGGCUUCUCAUACGGUAAAGAAGGUCCAGAAGAACUUCAAUAACUACGCCUCAGUGGAGUGUGGAGCCAAGAUCCUUGGUGCUAAUCUAGAGGCAAAGAGCACUUCGGCCAUAUUGAAGGAGAACAUGGACUUGUACAUGCUAAACCCCUGUAGUAAUAAGAUAUGGUUCAUCAUUGAGCUCUGUGAGCCCAUCCAGUUGAAGCAGUUGGACAUUGCUAACUUUGAGCUCUUCUCUUCUACUCCCAAAGACUUUCUUGUCUCCAUCAGUGAUAGAUAUCCAACAAACAAGUGGCUAAAACUGGGAACGUUUCAUGCCCGGGAUGAACGCACAGUCCAGAGCUUUCCAUUAGAUGAGCAUCUUUAUGCUAAAUAUGUGAAGAUGUUCACCAAGUACAUAAAGGUAGAGCUGGUGUCUCACUUUGGCUCUGAACAUUUCUGUCCCCUAAGUCUCAUACGGGUGUUUGGCACAAGCAUGGUGGAAGAGUACGAGGAGAUAGCUGAUCCCCCAGAAAGACCAGAUGAUCCGGAUGAUGACUUGGAUUAUCCUCCUGGAUAUACACCUGGUGAAGUCAAGUUAUCCAAGAAUCUGAUUGGAUCAGCAAAGGAUGUUAUAUUGAACAUGGUAAAUAACAUUGCUGUCAAUGUUCUUGGCGGGGGCCCAGAGAUGCAAGGCAACCUUUCAUCACAGGGCGUAAACAUGACUGAGCCAUCACUGCAGCCUGAAACUACCACUCAACCUACCACCACUGACCUUACCUUAUCAGUUCCAGACUCUGAAGAGGAAGGGAGUUUACCAGACCCUGUUGUCCCUGCAACUGUAGCCCCUUCCUCAGAGACUCCUGAGCCAGAGACACCUACCGCUGACACAAGCAAGCAAGAGCUCCCCCCUGUGGAGGAAAAAAUUGUUAUUCCUUUAGAGAAAGAUGAGGAAGAACACAUCAGCUCUACAAUCAUUCUUUUGGAUAAGGAGGAGGAGUUGGAUGAAGAAAAAGAGAAAAGUGAUCAUAAUGAGCGACAACGAGAAACCCAAAACUACUGCUCUGUAAGUGCUUUAUUUUCUUCCUCUUGCUCUUGUGCAGCGUCCCUCCAGGAGUAUCUCCAUCGCCAGUGUUCAGCCCUGCUGUCAAAAAAAAGGAAAUGCCAGACUAUGGACAGAAAGCAUAUGAUUAUUCCCAUCCAAACACCCGCUUGGCACCAACCCCUUUCCCCCUCAGCCUGCCCUGAACCUCAGCAGCACCACAGUGAGGUACAUCAGCCCCAUGAAAAAGAACAAGCUUCUGAACAGGAGCCAGAGAGCGGAGCCAGCCCGCCAGAAACACCACAGCCUCCAGGGAACACAGCAGAGUCUCAUAAAGAGUCCAUGUCCGAACCUCCUCUGCUGGAGCCCAGUCAAACCUUGAAACUCCCCAAGCCCAGUGCCACUGACUCAUCCUCUGCCAAACCUACUCCUAUUGUGGAAACACCACAGCUGUCUUCUGAGGAGCCAGUGAAGGAGCUAGGGCCAGAAAAGAGCCAGGAUGUGCUGGCUGAAGAGAAGCCCAUUGAGCCUUCAGCCUCUCUCAGUAGCUCCGUCUAUGUACAACCCAGUGUGGGUACCACAGUGGACGAUGUCUCAGUAGCACCAACAGAAGAAAAGUCUAAUAUUGAUGUUUCCGAACCAGAGAUAAAAAACGCCCCUAUCCAAACCCCGGAUAAGACCGAUCAUUCUCAAGUUCUCCAUCCCACCACCUCCCCUCAGUUAGAAUAUCACCCUGACCCACCAGCUGUACCUGAAAGUGGUUCCACUGAAGUGUCCCACACCGCUGCAGACACCGUUACAGAGCCUGAGCCCUCUGGUGGUCAGCCGGUCAUCACAGAAACUAGGACGGAGGAUUUUGCAGAAGACAUCUCCACACCAUCACCCUUUCCUUCAGCUCCUUCUCCCUCUCCUUUGCCUGCCUCACCAUCCCUCUCAGACAUCUAUGCAGAUCCCCCCAACGGCACGGAGCAGAAUGGUAACCCAGUGCAUGGCUCCAGCCAGAAGGAGUCUGUGUUCAUGAGGCUCAACAACCGCAUCAAGGCUUUGGAGAUGAACAUGUCCCUCAGCGGACGCUACCUGGAGCAGCUAAGCCAGAGGUAUCGAAAACAGAUGGAGGAGAUGCAGAAGGCUUUCAACAAAACCAUCAUUAAACUGCAGAACACCUCGAGAAUAGCAGAGGAGCAGGACCAGCGGCAGACUGAGUCUAUUCAGUUGCUGCAGGGCCAGCUGGAGAAUGUGACUCAGCUGGUUCUCAACCUGUCUGUCACAGUCAGCCAGCUGCAGACUGAGGUGUCAGACAGGCAGAACUACCUGCUGCUGUCUCUGGCGUUGUUUCUGUGUCUCGGCCUGCUGCUGUUUGCCAACUACUGCCGCAUCUCCACUAUUCCUCCAACCAUCGAUCCAGAGCCACCCAUAGCUAAGAGCUACACCUACUGCUGUCCUGAAAGGCAGUUCUCUUCCUGUGAUGAGACGGGCUUGAAGAGGAGUGCAUCCUAUCCACUCAUAAAUUCUGAGUCAUUCCAGUUAGCCACCACCGAAGGCCCAGAAAUGCUGCAUGCAGAGGAGACACAGGGUCUUUGUCCAGCCAACAGAAAGAGGAGACGCCGUAAAAUGAAACCCUUGGAAAAAGUGGAGACUCUGAAACCCUCUUUUCAUGCUGCUCAAGAACUGUGUAACGGAGGUGUUUUAUGUAACGGUGUGCCAGUCACCACAAACCCUACACCCCUCACAAAAAGGUUACUUCAACCUGUGUUUAGAGACUCACCGUCAGAGGGCAGCUCGGAGGCAUCUUCACAUUCAGAUGACCCCUCCUUCUGUGGCAUCACCACAGCUUGCAGCCGAAUCUGUGACGGGCACCCUCCCCCCAGGACACGGGCGGAGAAGCGGGCAUUAAGGCGCAGGCGUCCGAAGCCCAGUUGCGCAGUGGUGGACUUGCUUCAGGCCCCAAGGAGGGACAAGAGCGAGCCAUUACCUAUCUCUACCAUACAGGACCUCAUGAACAGGAAAACGGAGCAAAGCUCUGGGAAAUUUGGGGUGAAUGUUGCCCUUUCAGGUCCUGUUUGACAUCUCCACUCCUUCUCACUGACUGCUUCACUCUUUCCAAAAGAGGAUGGAUGUUAAUAUCUGUAGCCACAGGCAGCUUUAAGCUUUGAUAUGAGACAAUCCUUUCACUCUUACUUUAGUUUCGUUUUCUGUUUGUGUUCUGUGUUCGGUUCUUGUCAGAUGUUUAUAUUUGUUAUACUUAAAAUCAAAGAAAUGUCUUCCCAGCUUCCAAUAAAGCUUUUGUUUGGAAA